AUGGAUUCUACAGACUUAUUAGAUGAAAAAUCUACGGAAUAUAUAGACUCCAAUACAUCAGAAUUAACAUCGGACAGCAACUCAUCGUCAACAUUAAUAACAGGAUUUUUAUGGCUGUUUUUCCUAUUUAUGGCGACAACCUACCUUUCUCAGGCGAUUAUAUUUCAGACGCUGAAUAAUUUUUUCGAAGACGUGAAAAAUAUGGAAGAUAUAUGCAACGGCGAUGGCGAUAAUUUUAAUGAUGAAAAAUGCGAAUGUGUCUUUAACUAUCUGGAGGGCCUGGAUCAUCCGCAGUUUCAAUUUUAUUUUCAGAAACUUCAAUUGCCAGGGAUUCACAAAUCAAAGAAGGAUCAAAUCACUGAGCAGUCUGAUCCUAAAAUUUACCUCAUCGAUCCGAAAGCCUACGUUAUCGCUUGCGGGAACAAUGCCCCAGAGAGAAAAAUGGCCAACAAGGAAGUGUGCGACGAACUGGACAAACUCAUUAUUACGGAUCUGUAUACUAAAUGGUGGUACGACCCCGCUGCUUCUUGUUUUAAUUCCAUUUUGAACACAACCAAAAGGUCACAUCCAGGAGCUGUACUCGCCUUCAGUCUCGUUCUACUGGGCAUCGUGUUAACACCAAUUCGUCUGCUGCAGAAUCUUUAAAUAACGAUCAUAACAAGUUUCACGUGCACAAUCAAGAAAGUUCAUAUGCUUGAAAGUUAUUUUCGUCAUUAUUCGAAAAAAAAAUGCCUUACUGCAGUUUAGUUCUUAAAGAGAUAUUUCGUUCGACUUUUGAGGAACAUAGUUUUUUAAUACGCACUUGCAGAAAGUACGAUUUUGUCGGAGACUCGGCGAAAAAUCUGGAUUUAAAUUCGUGCUUUCCACGCGUUGUUUUGAAAAAAUAACUACACCUAACAUGUUCGAGAAAGAGAUUCUUAUCUCAUCUGCCUUUCCAGCAUCACUUAACUCGAGCGUAAACGUCACACGAGACAACAGUCUACUUUCCCGCAUUAGUUAGCUAAUGUACUAUUGUU